GCACCGUCGCCGCUAAAAUGGACAAGUCCGACGACCUCAUCGCGCUGACUCUCAAGCAAAGUGGGUGGGGUGGAGAGGUGCCUCCUUUGGCAACGAUAUCUGCGGCUGAAUUGGCGGAGAUCGUGUCGUGGGGAUUCGAUCAAAUCGAGGAUUCGCAACAGACGUUCAAGUUCGAGUUCCCGAAGGGCGUGGCUCAGCGCCAUCGCGUCGCCGCGUCGCUGGCCGAACAGUUCAAAGUAUGUUACUCUCCCGACAUGUCGAAGCGUACAAUCAACGCCACAUCCGUCUGAUAGAAAAGGGGCUACAAACACGACUGUGGUUACAAUCACAUCCUCUAUCCGACGGAGAUCGACUCUCGUCGCAUGCUCCUCUGGAUCAUCCAAAAACUACCGAAAGUUGAGAAGGAGGUUAAGGAUGUCGAUACUCCACGACUUCAGUUCCGCCAAAGCAUGUUUGCUGCUUUGCAGACGUGGACGUCGUUGCGUCAACCUACUGGCGUCGUCGCAAACCGCCUCCAACGCCAGCGCACGUCUAUAUUACCGGCAGCAUGGCUCGAGUGCUCAACUCCAGCUCGACGGGCGUAUGUGGCGUCCAAGCAGCCCCUCAUUACGGACAGUGCCCUGUGUCCGCUCAACAAACAACGGUCUCUUUUGGAGUUGAAUGCACUCUCCCUUGCCUUGGACUUCUCCCGAAGUGCAGUUGUGUACACGUCGGAUCAUGCGACGGUGACACCAAAUCUGACGUUGAGUGCGACCCUUCAAACCGCUUUUGAAUCGGCCAGACGGGCGGCGCAGCACGGAACAGAGCAUUCCAGCGAACCUCGUGAACUUAUCCAGCACAACGAAGCAUCUUUCCAGCAGGCACGGUCUUCGGCAAUUCACAUUGCUGCGUCGACAACAACUGUGCCUCGAACUCAAGCGUUUGCCAACACGGCGGAAACAGCUACCCCCACGUCACUGGACCAACAUGCGCAAGAAUUGCAAGCGCUUGAAGCGGAGCUGAUUCAAUUGCGGGAACGCUGCGCCGCCAACGAAGUAGCAUGGCAUGAAGUGCAAUUGGCAAGUGAAGAACAGCGCAACUUGAAUCGACAGAUUGAAGCGCGGUCGGCAGUCAAGGCGGAUGACUUGAAGGACUUGGAGCAAGACGUGGCGAUUCGGCACCAGACCCUCGACAUGCUGACGGAUGCGUCGACCAACAUUGCGAAACUCCAGGAUAUGUGCGCCAAGAGUUCAACGCACUUGAUGAAGCUCGCGGAGGAGUGGGAGACCCAUCGCCUUCCCCUUGUCCGAGAGCUGGAAGCGCAUGCUGCCAACCAAGUGCACCGCAUUGAGCGCGCCCAUGCGCUGGAGUCCGAAACGGCGUAUUUCCGAGCGGAAGCGAAAGCGCUGGGGGACACACUCAUCCAAAAGCAAGAACAGCGGCAGAUUCUCGAGCGCAAGUACGACGCGAUGGCGAAAGGAAUCCAUCGCAGCAUGUACACGGCGCGCAUCAUGGACAUCAUCAAGCAAGUACACAAGCAAAAAGCCGACAUUCAAAAGAUUGUCGCGGACAUUCGCACGGUGCAUAAACAAAUCAACGCGUCGUCCGAGAAGCUCAAGCGAAGCGAAGCAAUUGCGGAGGAGCGCCUCUUCCGUGCAGCCAAGGACGACAAGCUACGCCCCGACAGAAGACAACUCUACAUCGAAUGCUAUCGUCUCUUCACCACGAUCCGAGAACUGUUUGACCAGCUCAUUGUAUGUGUGGCCGAGACUGGCAAGCGCGAAAACCAGUGCCGCGGCCUCGAAAUGUGGAUCUCCCAAUUGACCCACCACGUAAACCUGGCCAAUCUGGAGCGUAUACAUCACGACAUGGCGCUCGUAAAGCAUGAGAACCAAGCUCUCAUGCAGGAAAUCCAGGCCAUCGCGCUGGCAACCCCAUGA